CACAACAGUCGCAUCACUGCAGCCUGUUUCUUCUGUAAUCUUCUAUUUUGGAUAGUACCUUUUCAAUGUAAAGAAACGAACUGCAAUACAAGACAAUGGCGAGUAAGUGUAAAGUUGCUCCCCUUGACUCCUCCGAUUCAGAUUCGGAGGAGCGGGACAGAGGAGCAGUUCGGGGAGUGUGGACCGGGCCUUCCACCGCGUGUUGGCCCGGCUCACAGGUCAUCCACAGCGGCCACUUCAUGGUCUCUUCGCCGCACAGUGACUCGGCUGUGAGCAGACGGAGGAGCACGGAGAGUUACGACUUCGAUACGGUCAAAGGGAGAUGGUGCCAGACGUACCACUACGGGCCCCUGAGCUCCGCUAGUCUCAGCAUUGAUCCCACUCUCACGCGACUUUUCGAGUGCAUGUCUUUGGCCUACAGUGGGAAGAUAGUGUCUCCAAAAUGGAAGUCUUUUAAAGGGUUACGGUUGCUGUGGAGGGACAAGAUUCGACUGAACAAUGCAAUUUGGCGAGCCUGGUUUAUUCAGUAUGUGGAGAAAAGGAAGAACCCAGUGUGUGGCUUUGUCAGUCCAUUGGAGGGAUCAGAGGCAGACGCACAUCGAAAACCUGAAGCAAUCAUCCUGGAAGGCAGCUACUGGAAGAGGCGAAUCGAGGUGGUGAUUAAAGAGUACCACAAGUGGAGGAUUUAUUAUAAGAAGAGGCUCCAGAAGACGAAAAAUGAUAUCCUCUCAAUGUUUCAAGAGCAGGGUCAGAUCUGCCAGGGCAAACUGGACAAAUGGACCUAUCCCAUGUACCAGGAGCCUGAGGCGGUCCCAGCCCAGGCCCACAUGUUCGACCUGGACUGUCUCCUCUCGGACAUCUCGGAUACACUCUUCACCAUGACGCAGAAGCCGUGUCCUUGGACCAAUGACAGACAUAGCACAUACACAAGUAAUGCUGAUAUCAUCCAGCCUGGACUAACUCCUCUGCAACCUAAUCUGGAUGAUUUUAUGGAUAUACCAGACAUCUUUAUGAACUACCGGGGCCAGUCCUCUGAACAGACAAGUUUUACAGACUGUGGCUAUUUUGAGAGCUCGUCCAGUGCUGCCUUUGCUCCGGCUCCGUCUCCCGUGGUAACAACUCCUCAGCUCCUUAUUGACACUCAGCUGCCUCAGCCUAGCCUUUCUUCUGACAGCGUACCCCAACCUUCUUCCUCCAAUUCUCGCCCUGAGCAGACCAGAUCAAGCCAGGAUUGUAGCGAAUACCCAACAUCUAGUAUUGUAUCAGGAGCUAUGCCCUAUGUACUUCAAACAUACCCCGAUCCAUCUGUUUCUGUAGCACUGACCACCGCAGUUGAAGAGCCCUCUACUACUACUGUGCCCUUCCUUUACCCCCUAUCAUGUCACAAGUUCGGCUACUAUUCCCCAAGCAGCCUGACCUCCACUGUCAUAACCCACACUGGAUCUUCAAUGGGGUCUCCAGGUUUAGUGCCCCAGCCUCAUGCUUAUUCACACACAGGGAACGCAUACGCCCAAAGUGCCUGCCACUCUCUGGGUUAUCCAGCUGGUGCGUCUGACCCUCUCCACGCUGCGCUGCCCUCUUCUGUCACUGUGCCGCACUGCUUCUCCGUGCCCGAGCAGGCAGCGGUCACGGGGGGCAGGGGCAAGCAUAAGCAGAAGACAGGAGUAGCAAGCUCUGUGGCUCUUCCUGCCUCUGCCGGGCCCCUGUCUACAGCCAAUACUCCAACGAGCUGCCUGGCCAAACUACUGUCCUCUGGCAGCCGAGAACGGAGACCGUCACUAGGAUUUGACUCCACAGGGUCAAACAAAGGUCAGAGGACAUCACCCACCGGCUCCACUCUGCAGCAUGAAGGGGCCUGGCACACAGGGAUCCCAGUGCUGACCCCUCUCCACAGCCAGAGCGCCACGUUGGGACAGAGCAUCGCCCACGCCGGGACCUCCAGAGGGUCCACAAUGCCCACCCUCCUCACCCAUAGCACCACCCACACCAGCACCACCCUGCUCAUCCCCAAGACCGAGAAACUGUCCCCUGUGCACUUCUAUGGGACUGACCAGGGCUGCCUCACAGAUCAGACAUCACCACCAAAUCCUUUAGACAAGAUGCCUAACCCUGAAUCACCACAGUCUGCAUUCCCAGGACCUGGAAAACUGGAUUCAAGUAAGCACACGGAGAGCAGACGAAUCACCCACAUCUCUGCAGAACAGAAGAGGCGUUUCAACAUCCGACUGGGAUUUGACACUUUACAUAACCUUGUGACCACCCUCAGCUCUCAGCCAAGCAUUAAGAUCAGCAAAGCCACCACCCUCCAGAAGACUGCAGAGUAUAUCAGUAAGAUGCAGCAGGACAGAGCUCAGCUGCACGAGGAGGCCCAAAGACUCAGAGAGGAAAUACAACAGCUCAACUCGGCCAUCAACUCAUGCCAGCAGCAGCUCCCUGCGACCGGAGUGCCCAUCACACGACAGCGCUUUGACCACAUGAGGCAGAAGUUCAGAGAGUAUGUGCAGGCACAGACUCUGCAAAACUGGAAAUUCUGGAUAUUCAGCAUCAUAAUUGAGCCUCUCUUUGAGUCCUACAAUGGGAUGGUCUCCACUGCCAGUGUUGAAGACCUGUGUCGCUCCACUCUGUCGUGGUUGGAUCAGCACUGUUCACUACCUGCCCUCAGACCCAUGGUUCUGAGUUCUCUUCGUCUCUUGAGCACGACCACAGCUAUCCUCACAGACCCCAGCCUCCUCCCAGAGCAGGCCACCCUCGCCGUCACACAGGGGACCCCCGCAGCAGCCCUGGACCACUCCUUGCAACCUGCCACACAUGAGAAUCUACACCCCAUGUAAUGUAAUGUACAGGGGACAUAAUGCCUUCUUUUGUGAGCCUUACAUUUGUCUAACUUACAAGCUGCUAAAGGGAUGUUUUUA